GCUCUCUUGGUUAUUUAUUAUUAUGGAAAGAAGCCCGACUUUGCUCAUAAUUGGGCCAACUUGAAAGCCCACUAGCUCCACUAAAGAACAAAUAACUAAGCAGCAACGUGGCGCGUAAAAACCAGCUCCACGACAUUUGUACGAGAAUGAAUAUUUGUCUGACUCGUUCCAGCCUGUAAACGGUAAUCAUCGUCCGUACAGGUUAAAGUGACGGAUUUAAAGUUAAAAAUAAUAAAAUGACGGAUUUGCCCAUCCGCUCCACAUCAUGACGAGGGCAAAACCGGAACUUUCACUUUAUUAAUUUAGACGACACCUCUCGACACGCUCACUCUCUGUCACUUCUUUCUUCAACAAAGGGAGGUUUUUUUCAUUUUGUUUUGAAAAUGGCGGCGAUGAGAUACAAAGGAAGCCUUCUCAUCACAAUCAUCUUCUUCGUCUCCAUCGUUCUUCUUCAAUGCCCACUUGCUCACUCUUCUUCUACAAAAUCGUUCUUUUGGUUUGGAGAAACGGAAGAUAUGAACGCCAUGAAAAAGGAGAAGGAGAUUGAUGUUGGAUCAGCUUAUGAUGUUGAAGAAAGACGAGUUCCCACUGGAUCCGACCCUCUCCAUCAUAACCAUGUUCCCUUUGCUUCUCCAUAGAUUACACAUCUGCUGCUGUUUCCCAUAGUUCACUUAUAAGUUUGUAACACGUUUUACAGUUUCCAGGUUCUGGGUUUUGUUUGUCCGAAAUGUUACUUUAUUUUCUGGGUUUUUGAAUUGAUUAGCUUUGUUA